AUGCCACGGAGCCAGAGCUGCGAGACAAAGUACUUGCAACAAAAAAGCACCAGAGCCCACACGGAUCCGGCGAUGGGAGCGGCGGUGAAGCGCGCGAGGGAGGAGGAGCCGGUGUCGCUGGCGCUGGCGCUCACCACGGACUCGGCGGCGUCGUCCACCACGUCAGCCGACUCGGCCGGCGCGCCGGCGGCGUCCAGGAAGAGGGCGCGGCGGGGCAGAGUGGUGGCCACGUCGGGGGAGGGCGAGUUCGUGUGCAAGACCUGCAGCCGGGCCUUCGCCACGUUCCAGGCGCUGGGCGGGCACCGGACCAGCCACCUCCGCGGCCGCCACGGGCUGGAGCUCGGCGUCGGCGUCGCCAGGGCCAUCAAGGAGCGGAAGCGUCAGGAGGAGAAGCCGCACGAGUGCCACAUCUGCGGGCUGGGGUUCGAGAUGGGCCAGGCGCUCGGAGGGCACAUGCGCCGGCACCGGGAGGAGAUGGCGCUGCGCGGCGCCGACGACGGUGACCAGUGGGUGUGGCGCGGCGUCGGGGCGCUGGAUCAGGAGGCGGUGGGGCGCCAGACCGCCGCCAAUUACGAGCCGCCCGUCUUGCUCGAGCUGUUCGUCUAG